AGGAAAAAAGGACAAGGGGAGGAAAAAGGCAGGGUGAGAAAUAAGGCAGAACAAGAGAAGGCCAAGGAAGACGACACAAGGCAAAUCACAGCCCGGACUAACCAUUAAUAAGGCGCCAUACAAUCACAGCAGCAAUGGGAGAUAAGAGCAAGUAAAAGCACAGCGAGGUGAGUCAAGACAAGAGAGGUAAUUUAGUCAGAACUUCAGAGUACGACUGGCAUCGGGCCCAGAGAAGAAUGGCGUGUCAGGCGUUCAGCGCCGACUCCUUCACCCCUCUGGCGGGAGACUCAGCCUUGCCGAUCCUCAUGCAUCACGCUUCUGCCAGCGACUGUCUGCCGGCCAGCUCACACGCGCACAGCAUGGUUUCUGCAGUCUCGUCUGGACUGUCCUUGGGUCAAACCUCCAAGCGCUCCCACAUGCAUCUGUCCACCUCUUCCCUCGGCAACGCACUUGGUAACAGCCCCCCAAGCCUUCACUACCCAGUCACCCCCUGUCACUACAGCAACCAACAGGCCACCUAUGGCAUGAUGGCAGCUCAGGAGAUGCUCUCUGCCAGCAUUUCUCAGACAUGCAUCCUGCAGACCUGUGGUGUCCCUCACCCGAACAUGGUGAGCAGUGCAAACCCACUGCAAGGAUCUCUUACGCCCUGCCUGUACAAGUUUCCCGACCAUGGUCUAAGCAGUGGUUCUUGUGCAUUAAGCCACGGUUUCUCCUCACUGCCUUCCACUCUCCUCUCUACUGAUGAGGCCCCUGGAGGCCUCAGUGUUGGAGAGAUGAAAACUGACCCCCACAGGAAGAGCAUGAGGGACCCUGAAGAUGCCCCUGCGAUGGACUCGCCACAAAUUCGAGAGCUGGAGAUGUUUGCCAAUGACUUUAAAAUACGGAGAAUCAAGCUUGGGUACACACAGACUAACGUAGGCGAGGCGCUCGCUGCAGUGCACGGCUCAGAGUUCAGCCAGACCACGAUCUGCCGCUUUGAGAAUUUGCAGCUGAGCUUCAAGAAUGCCUGCAAACUCAAGACCAUUCUGACAAAAUGGCUGAAUGAAGCAGAGCUGGCUGGCGCCUUGUACAACGACAAAAUUGGAAUGAACGAGCGAAAGAGGAAAAGGAGAACAACAAUCAGUCUGGGAGCCAAGGAAGCCCUGGAGCACAGCUUCAUGGAGAAAAGUAAACCAUCCUCUCAAGAAAUAGCCCGGAUAGCCAAAGGCCUCCAUCUGGAGAAGGAGGUGGUCAGAGUCUGGUUCUGCAACCGACGUCAACGGGAGAAACGGGUCAAGACCAGCCUCAACCUCAGCUCCUGUUUGACCAAGAUCAGUCCAAGCUGCAUAGCACAGAUGGGUAAAGUGCAAAGACCAAUGACGUAGUUGCGGUUCAGUCUUUCAUGGACUCAGCAGUUACUUUCCAUGCGGCACGAGGAAGACGUUUACGUCUAAACAGAAGUUUUAAACAGAGAAACUGGGCCAACAGUUUCACUGAUUUAACAUUACGAUAUUUCUAUUGGGCGACAGUGAGCCUGAAGAAGCAAACUAAAUAAUAAAUAACACAUUUAUAACGGAAUUGAACACAAGUCAACAGCAGCAAAUGUGUUAUUACAGAGCUCUUUGUGUCGUUUUUAAGUUAAUUUGCCUCCUUAUUACUACCCUUUUUUAAAUUAGUUACAAUUAUUCUGUCACAAAGAAGAAUAAUUAUUGUAUUAAUUGUAUGAGUUCCAGGUUUGACACUGCAGGUACCAAAUAUAAUACAAUUCGACAGCAACUAAUUACACUGUUCUCCUGUCAAUCAGCCCUGUGCCUUCAUAAGAAUAGACAUGAGCAAUAAAAUCCUGAACCUUCUUUAUUUUAUGCAAGAAAGGGGAGAACGUAUUCGUGAUAAAACAAAGCGUUUAACAGUUAUGUCCGCGUGUGAGAGCAGGAUUCGCCGUGCUGUGGUUUUUAUGUGUUUGUGCAUUUGUAAUUAGAGCCGAUCUAUGUGUGUUCUUUGGUCUCAUGGUCUCACAGAAAAAAAAACUUGAUUUAUUUAAAUGAAUACAGCCAUAGCCAAAAGGAAUAUAUUUUAAGUUGUACAACAUAUUAUUUAUUCGAGAUCUAAUAUAUUAAUAUAGUCUCUGUGGUUUGUUACUCUGAAGUCGCAAAUUAUGUGGAACUUCAUGACAUAUUUGUCAACAAAUGAUGGAAGGUCUCACCUUUUCUCUGCUACAAAACAGAUUUUAUUUUAACGUAUUUGUUACUGUUGCCCUGACAAAGUGUCACGAUGACUCCGACCUGGUUGGAGUGACUAAAGGGAUACUUUGAAUUUCAUUAUUUGGUCUCUGGAGGUGGUACCUUAAAAAAACGUGAAAAUAAGCAUCAUAUAAGAUUUCCAGUGCCUUAUUUCAACUUCAUGGAAAAACUAAAUACGACAAAGACAAAUUUUGUACUUGCAUCUGCCACAAUAACAAUAAACUGUGUUUUACGAUGAA